CAGCUAUUAUUUUAUUAAUACAUAAUAGGUACCUAUAACUAUUUAGAAAAAAAAGAUAUUAUUAAUUAUUUCAUCACCACGGGUGCCGAACAAUCAGCCAUGUCCGUCUCUCAGAUGGAAAAAAAUUUAUUCAAUUUAAAAUUUGCUGUAAAAGAACUUGAACGUAAUUCUAAAAAAUGUGAAAAAGAAGAAAAAAUUGAAAAAUCAAAAGUUAAAAAAGCCAUACAAAAAGGUAAUACAGAAGGUGCAAGAAUACAUGCAGAAAAUGCAAUACGUCAAAAAAAUCAGGCACUUAAUUAUUUACGUAUGAGUGCAAGAGUUGAUGCUGUUGCAAGUCGUGUACAAACAGCAUUAACAACAAGAAAAGUAACACAAUCAAUGGCUGGUGUUGUUAAAGCUAUGGAUGCUGCAAUGAAAUCAAUGAAUUUAGAAAAAAUAUCUGGUUUAAUGGAUAAAUUUGAAAGUCAAUUUGAAGAUCUUGAUGUACAAAGUUCAUAUAUGGAAAAUGCAAUGUCACAAACAACAACAACAAAUGUACCACAAAAUGAUGUUGAUUCAUUGAUGCAACAAGUUGCUGAUGAAGCUGGAUUGGAGCUCAAUAUGGAAUUACCAUCAGGACAAUUGGGUAGUCUUGGUACAUCAUCAACUGUUGUCAGUCAAGAACAAGAUGAACUUACCCAAAGAUUGGCUAGACUCAGAGAGUAAAAUUAUUUAUUUAAUUAAUUAUUAAUAGAUGCCUUAAAUUCCAUGAAUAUUAUUUUUACAUGCAUAUAUACCUCUAUCUAUGUAUAUGGCUAUUUUGUUUAAUUUAAUAAUAAUUUAUCAAAUUAUUCGUAAAAACUUGAUAUUAUUAUUAAGAAUAAAAUUGAAUAAUGGAAUAAUUUAUUGUUGUAGUUUUUAUAUAAUAAAUUAAAUAAUUGAUAUUUAUUAAUAUUUCAAGAUUUAGGCUAUAUGUUAUUGAUAAAAUAAUGUAAUACACACUAUCAAAUUUUUUGUAAUGUAAUUAAUUAAUAACCUUCCAAUAAACAAUAAUAUUGUAUGCACUUAUUGCUAUUACUUGAUGUAUAUACCGACAUAAAAUUUAUUAAUUACCUGGAUACUUGGCUCUACUUGGCUUCAUAAACAUAAAGAAAUAUAUACAUGUACGUAUAUGUCAUUAAUUGUAAUUUUUUCUUUGUUGGAGUAUUUAAAUGUUGCCUGUAAAUUAUGUAAUAUAAUUUAUAAUGAGUUUAACAACAAAUUUAAGAGAUUUAAUUAUUAAUAACAACAGUUAUACAUGAUGAAUAUUAUUUCUUUUAAAUACAAAAUAUAUAUUUAUUUAUACAAAAAAAAAAUGUUGUAUAAAUACAUAAUUAUGUAUAUUAUAAUAAUUCGUGUAAGUUGUGUAUGUACAAGUCAAUUGUUUAUUUAUUUAUUUAUUAAUAAUUGUAGUUGCUUAAAAAAAUUAAAGACAAAACCCAUGGAAUCUGUUUGUUAUUGAAAAAUUUGACAGAUUUCUGUACUGUUGUUAUUAUUUGGUGUUUUUCACGGGAUCAACUGUCCAUCUAACGGCUUUGGUGGACAACAAUCUCUUGUACUGUUAUUAUUAUUCGGUGUUUUUCAUGGGGUCGGCUGUCCACCUAACGGCCUUGGUAGACAACAAUCUUGUUAAUAAUUUUUAUUUAAUUAAUUAAUAAUGAAGGAAUAGUUUAAUUAAAAAUCUUUUUAAAUAACAAUGUUUAGAAUUGAUUUAUUUAUAUGAGGAAAUUAUGGGGAGUUGAAUUAUUUAACAAAAUAUAUAUGUCAAUUUUAGGA